GUCUGAUGAUGCGAUCAUGCUGUCAGCUGAUCGCAUCGAUGAAACGUGGAUGAGCGGAGGGUUGAGGUAUCUGAGCUAGGUGGGUGUAAAUCCGAUACACGCUGAUAUAACGAGGGGGGCUUCUGUCGGCAUCCUCGCUGUAAAGGGAACAAGGGCAGUGCCGAGAACAAAGGAUACUGGACGAUAUAAGCAGCCCGAGCACGCCUGGCAAAACGAGUUGCUCUUCAUCCCUGGCCAUUUCUAUCACGCUUGACGAGUCGACGACAACGCAUCGAGACAUCGAGACAUCCUUAGUGUCAGGCCAUAGGUAUAACGCCCAAGAAUCGACGCCAAAAGUGUUCCGUGCGCUGUGUGGAUAUGCGGGUGCGCCUCAGGGUGUGUGGAGAGGAGGCACGCUAAUGUCGCCAAGGAGGGAGCGAAAGUGGGCCGUUAAGUUGUCGGCAUGGCUUUUGAAACCCCUACCAACCUGUACGGGCGAGGCUGUUGUAUGGCGCUCAAAGGUUUGGGGCCUCAUGACGGCUGCCGUUUUGUUCACUGAGCUUCAGGUGAAAAGCGUCCGACGAACUUCGGUUCAUAGUCGACGUGCUGGCGUUGGCGGGAGUCUGCGUAGAGGUGCCUAUACGUAUUUUCGAUGCCAAUCAAAUAACGGGCGUAAUAUGCGGUAGAUGAUAGCGGCAAGCGAACGUAAAAGACUGGCGACUGCCAGGGUAGGAGAUGAGGAGGAGGGGAGGGGGGGGGAGGGAAUUUGGGUGUUC